AGGACCUCUUCCUGCAACUGUCGAGAGAACCCGCAAGACGGGCCCAAGCAUCUCAACAUUCUGCUGCAACCCCGGCUGGACCUUCCAGAGCCAACCUUUCGAUAAAUCUGGUCGCCCUUUCCCCGCUUCCGUUUUCUGUGCUUGCACCGCCGGUCCCGAGCAAUUGUACUCCUCUCCGACUCCCCACCCGCUUGUCGUCAACCGCAAUGUCUGCGACUUCCAGGAAGCAGCAAUCUCUGCUUGUUGGCACUGCACUUCUCACGCUGGGAAAUGCCAUCGCAAUCCCCGGACCCACUCCAGUCCCAGCAAAAGUCGAAGCGCGAGCGCCUCUCAUCACCCCCCCAGUUCGCUAUAUGCAGGACCGAAGAGAUGUUGUCGACGGCAUACUGAGUGGCGCAAACAAUGUACUCCAUUCUUUGGGUAGCGUGCUUGGGACAGAUCUGCCAAGCUACGUAAUGAGCGGUAUUCCAAAUUAUUUCCAGGACUUGCCCACGGGCACCCAGGUUCUGUCGAGGCUAGGGAUUGACGAUAGCGACUUGGCCGCGAAGCCCACUGAAGUGCUCAACAUCCCCCCAUACGCGAAUUGGACAGACCAAGGAUGGAACGUCAGAUUUCACGGGAACGUGUACAAACAGCCGGAUAUUGAUCAGAACAAAGUGGAUGAUCUAGCGAACAUAUUCCUGAUUGAUACCGACAUCAAAAGUUUGCCGCCCGACCAGCAGGCGCAAGCCAGAAAUUUGACGAGGUCCAUUUUCAUCGUGCAGCAGGGUAAUCAGAAUGUGUCAAUGCACCUUGAGCCUGCGCCGAUGCAAGGCUCUUCCGGAGAACCAGGCGGCGGCAAUUCCAUAGAACCGCCUGGAGGGUCCCAGGAUCUGACCCUUCCAUAUCUCACGACCGACCAAGGGGAUUUUGACGUCUUCGUUCCAAUAAAAAAUGUCUCUGGGGGCGGGCUGUUGGCGGGGAAUGAAACCAACAAUGUUCAACGUCUCAACGUCUACGCCAAUGGCACACUCACAGGCAAUGCGACCGCAUUUCUUGUGCCACCAAAUGGACUCACGUUCAUCUCCGAUAUCGAUGACAUCCUUCGUGUCACCAAGAUCUACGAUCCGAAAGAGGGACUACUGAAUUCUUUCGCUCGUCCCUUCACCCCUUGGAUGAACAUGCCUGACAUCUACGCGAACUGGAGUCGCACCUUGCCCAACGAUACCCACUUCCACUACCUAACUACGACCCCAGAGCAGGCUACAAGGCUCUACAUGGAUUUCAUAUACAAGACUUAUCCUGGCGGGUCCUUUGAUACUCGACCACUCAAUUUCUCAGACGUCUCCGCGACCCUCUCCAUCCGUGGAUACCUACUCACCAAGAUAUUCCAAACUUUCCCGCGUCGCAAAUUCAUCCUAGUCGCCGACACGUCCAACUCGGACAUCAUGACCCAUUACCCGCAGCUUGCCCACGACUAUCCCAACCAGGUCCAGUGCAUCUUUAUCCGCAACACCUCUGCCACGGACGAGUCCAACAAGUUCCCGUACAACACGAAGGGGUUUAAGGGUUUGCCGCAGCAAAAGUACAUGUUCUUCAAGGUACCAGAUGACCUCCGGGGGUUGGACAUUGUCAACGGGAAUUGUUGGAACCAGACAAUCAAGCAAAACGUCACUUUUGGUCUUCAGGACGAGGUCCUGGGGAUCCGUGGUGAGGGGACGAACGUGAAAGGGAGCGCGCUGCUGAGCCUUUUCGUUGCGUUUGCUGUGGCUGUGAUGACUGUGUGGUGAUGACUGCUAGUUGUUUACGAGCAAUUGGCGCAAGUGCGGUUCUGUUCCUUUUUGGUGUGGACUUGUUUGGUUUGAGAUGCUUCUGCGUCCAAGCAACUUAACCGGGUAUACCUACAGGUAGCCAUUUCCUCCUCCCUUGCACUACAACUUCUAUCUCUAGAACAACUAGAUACUCUGUCUGGUUCAUGCUAAGGGCUCCCUCAAAAUAGCCAAGGAACUUUGUGGUUAUUAA